AUGACACAACCUCGAAAGACUAUUGCCGUAGUCAAUGCGGCUGGGCGACAAGCGGCAUCGCUCAUUCGCGUCGCAUCUGCUGUGGGAUAUAAUGUUCGCGCACAAAUCCACUCUCUCAAGGGAAUCGUGGCAGACGAGCUCCUAACCCUACCGAAUGUCACCCUCAUUCAAGGCCCGUUGCUCGACAACUCCGAGCUGAUGGACACCCUAUUCAAGGGUGCGUCCCUCGCCUUUAUCAACACGGUGUCACAGGCUGGUGAUGAGAUCACCAUCGGCCGUGCUCUAGCUUUGGCUGCGAAACGCGCCGGCACCAUCCAGCACUAUAUCUACAGCAGUAUGCCAGAUCACUCUGUCUAUGGACCCUGGCCCGCCCCGCCACAGUGGGCACCCAAGUUCACGGUCGAAAACUACGUGCGCCAGUUGGGUCUGCCAGCUACUUUUGUCUACGCCGGUAUCUACAACAAUAACUUCACCAGUCUCCCUUACCCGCUCUUCCAGAUGGAAGUCAUGCCAGAUGGCAGCUUCGAGUGGCAUGCACCCUUUGACCCAGAGACUCCCCUCCCUUGGCUGGAUGCCGAACACGACGUGGGUCCAGCUCUUCUCCAGAUCUUCAAAGAUGGACCGAAGACGUGGCACGGACACCGAAUCGCUCUCACUUUCGAAACUCUUUCUCCAAACCAAGUGUGCGCAGCCUUCUCCCGGGCUUUGAACCGACCAUGUCGAUACGUUCGUGAAUCCAAGAUCGAGAUCAAAGUCAAGAUCCCACCUGGAUAUCGAGAACAGCUUGAGAUGUUGGAAGUCCUGUUUGGCCAAUGCAGUGCCCCCUAUUUCCCCCAGCCCGAGUUCUCGCAACCGGCAGCCGGGUCACCGAAAGGAUUAGGUCCGGCCGGUGGAAAGGGUGCCGGAGCUGGCAUGAUGCAAGGACCGGGUGGUGUGGUUUCAUUGCGCGUGACAGAUGAGGCGCGACACCUCUGGCAAGGAUGGCGCGACAUGGAAGAGUAUGCGCGCGAGGUAUUCCCCGUCGAAGAAGAAGCCAACGGGUUGGACUGGAUGCUCUGA